AAGAAACGUAUUAACAUCUUUUAUGUAUUAUUUCCUUUCUUUACAUAUAAAAUGAACCCUUUAACAAAUGUAAGAAACAUACAGAAGCUUGGGGAACAAGAAUUACUAAAUGACAAAAAAACAUCUUGGCAUAAUCAAUACAAAAACAGUGCUUGGAUUUUUGUUGGUGGUUUACCAUAUGAUUUAACAGAAGGUGAUGUUAUAACCAUAUUUUCUCAAUUUGGGGAAGUAGUAAAUAUAAAUUUAAUUAGAGAUAAAGACACAGGAAAACAAAAGGGAUAUGGUUUUUUAUGUUAUGAAGAUCAGAGAAGUACAACAUUAGCUGUUGAUAAUUUUAAUGGAAUUAAGAUCUUAGGCAGAACAAUAAGAGUUGACCAUGUAGCAAGUUAUAAAGCACCAAAAGAUUCAAAAAGUAUUGAUGAAGAAACCAAAAAAUUAAGAAAAGAAGGCUGUGCUCCAAAAGAUAUAUAA